GCCCUUGGCAUUUUGCAUGUACAGCGCGGUAGGUGCUACAAAGUUCAAAAGCUUUCGCUAAAGUAAAUGUACUCAUCUCUCUCUGCAGAUAAGUACAUAUAUGGCUGACACAGAGGAAAGAGUUCCCCUCAGGAACACCCCUAGUGACGAUUUACACGACGAUGUUGAGGGGCAGCGUCGAUGUCCAAGAAAAGGGCCAAGAAUAGUAGCGAAGCGAAUUCUCGACCAAACCCUGCGCGCCCUGAUAUGGCGGGAUGAGAUAUUUGUACUUUUAUGUGUGGUCGCAGUCUUGGUGGAUCCUCUGUUCCUUUAUAUUCCGGUCACCAAUGAGAACAGCAAGUGCCUUGGAGUGGACAAAGGGUUGAGGACUGUGGUUCUUGUUCUACGGUCACUUUUGGACAUCAUUUUCAUAACGCAUAUUAUACAUCAAAUUCGAAAUCAUAGUGAAUUAAUUGUGGUAUCUGAUGAGGCACCAGAAGGACAAAGAUCAUCGGGUUGGACAAGAAGGUCGCUGUUAACAAUCAUAGUUGACUUUCUUGCUGUUCUUCCCAUCCCACAGUUGGCAAUAGUAGUUGUCUUUUUCAGAACGAAAGACACUGGAUAUUUUCUAAGGAGAGAGAUUUUGAGCGUCUUUCUCCUCUUCCAAUAUGGGCCAAACGUUUACCGGCUCAACCAAUCUUUUAAGAAACUUCAACUCAAAGCAAGAUUGGUCAAAGGUGCAUUCAAAUUUUUUCUCUACAUCCUUGCAAGUUAUGUACUUGGAGCUUUUUGGUACUUUUUCUCUAUUCAACGAGAGACAUCAUGUUGGCACCAAGCUUGUAGCAAUACAGAAGGAUGCAUAGCUACUUUAUCCUGCAAGGAUAAUACUUCAACAAAUAUAACAUUCCUAAAUGAAUUAUGCCCUAUAAGUCCAUCAAAUCCUACCCUAUUUGACUUUGGAAUAUUUCUUGAUGCCCUUGAAUCUGGUAAUACAGGAGAAGUAAAUUUUUCAAGAAAAUUCUUUUUCUCUUUCUGGUGGGGAAUCCGAAAUUUAAGUAACUUUGGCACGAAUCUGGAAACAAGUAGCUACGUGUGGGAAAAUUGCUUUGCAAUUCUUAUUUCCGUCAUUGGAUUGCUGCUCUUUUUAUAUCUCAUUGGCAUUAUGCAGAUAUACAUGCAGAUCGCAGCCGCAAAAGCGGAAAAGAAUAAGGAUGACAAGUUAACACAGAAGAUUAAGAUGAAGGAGAAAGGUAUAGUUGACUGGGUGUCAAAUAAUGGUCUCCCUCCGGAUUUGAAGACAGAAAUCAUGGACUUCAUAAAACAAAAUAAGGUAGUGGAGAAACUGUACCAGAAAAAGAACAAGGCAGUGGAAGAAAACAUGACUGCUGAGGUGGAUGCGGAGUUUCUAUUGUCUGUUCUUCCCGAGAAUAUCCAAACGUCUAUAAAGCGGCACGUGGGCAUGAACGCGCUAAAUAAAGUACAAAGGCUUCAUCAUAUGGAUAAGAAAGUGUUGGAAAUGAUUUGCGACCAUCUUAAGCCAAUCAUCUACCCUAUCAAUAGCUACGUUUUACGAAGGGGAAAAGCAAUCGAUUUGAUGCUCUUCAUCACAGACACAGACGGCACUAUGCUGACCUACGAGGAUCCGAAAACUGAAAUCAAGAGACUUAAGAAGGAUGAUAUUUUCGGAGACGAAAUUCUAAGUUGGGUGUCACCGAGCAUCUCUUUUGCUAAUCUUCCAACUCCGAACUCAACUCUAAAUGUCAAAUGUGAAACAAAAGUGGAAGCCUUUGCUCUCAUGGCCAAGGACUUGAGAAGUGUGGUUUCAGGAUGCAGACAUCUGUGGAACUGGACUUUAUACAAUUGUGACAUUGAGUCUCAGGAAUUUGAGGAGCUGGCACGUCCCAUCGACAAGACUCAUCAGACAUAUAUACAGUUGUGGGAAGAGGAAUUAAAAUCUGUACAGAAGAUUAAGAUCGUGAAAGACAUACGUGAGUGGGUGUUGAGAAAUGGUCUCCCUGAGGAUCUCCAGACAGAAAUCAUGGAAAAGAUAGAAACAAGUAAAGUGGUGAAGGAAAACAUAGGUGCUGGUGUGGAUGUGAAUUUCCUAUUCUCUGUUCUUCCCAAGGGUAUGAUCAAGAGAGCAAUAAAAGACCAUGUCGGCGUUAAUGCGCUGAAGAAAGUACCCAUGCUUCAAAACAAGCUAGACUCCACGUUGAAAUCUAUCUGCAAAUAUCUCAAGCCAGUUAUCUAUGCUGAGAAUAGCUACAUUACCAGAGCAGGAAAACCGCUUAAUUUGAUGCUCUUCAUUAUCGAUGGCAUUAUUACAUGGACAGCCAACACCACAACCGACACCGCAACAGCGGGUUCCUCAAUGGUCACCGAGCUCUCAUGUCUUGAGAAAGGCGGUCUUUAUGGAGAAGAACUUCUAAAUUGGGUAUCACCGAGCAGUAGCCUUUCGACACUUCCUAUCUCGGCCCAAGAUGUCAAGUGUCAAACAAAAGUGGAAGCCUUUGUUAUCAAUGCUGUGCAGUUAAAGAUUGCAGUUUCGGAACUUGGAAUGCUUUGGAAGAAUUACUACACUAGUACCAAUUCUCAGCUGGCACUUCCUAGCGACCAGACUUAUCUGCAGAUACAAAACGAGACAUAUUUGCAGUUGGGAGGUACAAGAUUGGAGGAGAUUGAGGAUGAGGGUUCGAGGCAGAAGAUGAAGAUAAUGAUGAAGGAGAAAGAUAUACUUGAGUGGCUGUCAAGAAAUGGUACCCACGAGGAUUUAAAGACAAAAAUCAUGAGGCACAUAAACCUUAAAAACAUAGCGGAACAAAACAUGGACGCCGAUGUCGAUUUGGGUUAUCUGAAUACUCACCUGCCCUUCGAUCUCACAAUUUCUUUAACGAAGCAUCUCUGCAUUAGUACCCUGAAGCAAGUGGCCAUGCUUCAAAGUAUGCAUGAAGAUAUGUUCUCAAAUAUUUGCUACAAGCUGGAACCAGUGAUCUAUACCGAGAAUAGCAACAUUGUUCAAGCAGGAGAAUCACUUGAUUUGAUGCUCAUCAUCAUAGGAGGCACAAUUAUAUGCACUGACAUGACUAGCAAUACCGAAGCAACAGAUUCCGCGGUGAUCACCAAAUACCUUAACAAAGGUGAUUUUUGUGGAGAAGAACUUCUCGCUUGGGCAUCACCCAGCAUCUUAUUUUCAAGUCCUGCUCCUAUCUCCACCCGAGAUGUCAAAUGUCAAUCAAAAGUCGAAGCCUUCAUUCUCAAAGCCGAUAAGUUGAGAAGUCUAGUCUCCGAAUACAGCUCUGAGUGGAUUUCCAAUUUCAACAACUGUAAUAAUUCAGAACAGAUAGAAGAGUUGGCGCGUCGCCGCGACAAGAUGGAUCAAAUACUUAAUGAGACAUAUAUGAAGUUCGGAACUACAGAACUGGAGGAGAUUGAGGAUGAGGAGUUAAAGCAGAAGGUGAAGAUCAUGAUCAAGGAGAAAGAUAUACUUGCGUGGGUGUCAAGAAAUGUCCUCGACGAGGAUUUGAAGUCAAAAAUUAUGACGCACCUUAAAUUAAAUAACGUAAUCCAAGAAAAUCUUGAUGCUAAAGUGGAUGUGGAGUAUCUCCAUAGUCACCUACCCUUUGGUAUUGCAAUUUCUUUGACGAAACAUCUCUGCAUUAGUAUGCUGAAGAAUGUACCCAUGCUUGAAAAUAUGCCUGAAGAUAUGUUCUCAAAUAUUUGCUACAAACUUGAGCCAGUGAUCUACACCGAGAGUAGCAACAUUGUUCAGGCAGGAGAACAACUUGAUUUGAUGCUCAUCAUUACUGAAGGCACAAUUAUAUGUACCGAUGUGACUAGCAAUACUGGAACAACGGAUUCCUCUGUUGUCACCAAGUACCUUAAGAAAGGUGAUUUUUGUGGAGAAGAACUUCUCAGUUGGGCGUCACCCAACAUCUUGUUUUCAGGUGCUGCUCCAAUCUCAACCCGAGAUGUCAAAUGUCAAACAAAAGUAGAAGCUUUCGUUCUCAAAGUCGAUAAGUUGAGAAGUCUAGUCUCCGAAUACAGCUCUAAGUGGAUUUCCAAUUUCAACAAUAGUUGUGACAAUUCAGAACAGUUGGAGGAGUCGGCACUUCAGCCGGACAAGAUUGAUCAAAUACUUAACGAGACAUACAAGAAAUUGGGAACUACAAAAUUGGAGGAGAUUGAGGAUGAGGGGUUAAGGCAGACAGUGAAGAUCAUGAUCAAGGAGAAAGAUAUACUUGAGUGGGUGUCAAGAAAUGGUGUCCAAGAGGAUUUGAAGACAAAAAUCAUGAUGCACCUUAAAUUAAAUAACGUAAUCCAAGAAAACCUUGAUGCUGAAGUGGAUGUAGAGUAUCUCUAUAGUCACCUACCCUUUGGUAUUGCAAUUUCUUUGACGAAACAUCUCUGCAUUAGUAUGCUGAAGAAAGUACCCAUGCUUCAAAGUAUGCCUGAAGAUAUGUUCUCAAAUAUUUGCUACAAGCUUGAGCCAAUGAUCUAUUUCGAGAAUAGCAACGUUGUUCAAGCAGGAGAGUCACUUGAUUUAAUGCUCAUCAUUAUAGAAGGCACAAUUAUAUGCACCAAAUAUCUUGACCAAGGCAAUACUGGAACAACGGAUUCUGGGGUGAUCACCAAAUAUCUUAAGAAAGGUGAUUUUUGCGGAGAAGAACUUCUGAGUUGGGCAUCACCCAACAUCUUGUUUUCAGGUCCUGCUCCUCUCUCAACCGGAGAAGUCAAAUGUCAAACAAAAGUAGAAGCCUUCGUCCUCAAAGCCGAUAAGUUGAGAAGUCUGGUCUCCGAAUACAGCUCUAAGUGGAUUUCAAAUUUCAACAAUUCUGCAGUUGGAGGAGGUUGACGCGUCUCCAUGACAAGGCUGAUGAGAUACUGAACCAGGUUGAAGAAGAAAACUACAAAUGAGGCUCCAGAGGAAUUAUUAUUUUUUUCCUUUUUUCAUUGUCAUUGUUAUUUAUGAGGGUCAAAACGAUGUUUUCUUUCUUUUUCUCUUUUUCUUCUUGCUUCUUCUUAUAGAUUAUUGUCCAUAUGGUGGUGGAGCCUGGGUUAUUUGUAUACCUACGUAUAGAAGGUGGGUUUAUGUGGUGCGGUGACUUAAAAAUAGGUUUAUCUGGUGUCAUUUUUUCUCAAUUCUAUUCAUGUUAAUUGUAUCUUCCACAUCUAAUAAAUUUCAGUUUAGAUUUUGUUGGGUUA